AUGGAUUUGGGCAAAGAUAAAAAAGAAACUGCUAAAGUUCUUAAUUACAUUCUAUUUGCCGAAAACGAGAUUAUUCCACACGCUAAUACUUGGAUCAACCCAAUUUUGGGCAUAACACAAUUUAAUAAAGCGGCUCAUAGCCAGGCAACGGAAGGUCUAAAAAAGUCUUUGAGUGUGCUAGAAAAGAUCUUGUUAAAAAAGACCUACUUGGUUGGUGAACGCAUUACAUUGGCCGAUAUCUCUGUUGCCACAGCUCUUUAUUUUCCUUUCAAAUUGGUAUUGGACGCUGAGUUCCGUAAAGGUUUCAAGAAUCUUACUCGAUGGUAUGUGACACUCGUCAAUCAACCAGCUUUUAAGAAAAUUUUAGAAGAGGAAGAAAAACCCGCGCCUAAACCUAAAAGCAAGCUGGAUCUAUUGCCUCCCAGCAAACUAAAUCUGGAGGAAUGGAAACGUUUCUAUUCUAACAAUGAUACUCGUCCAGAUGCUAUUAAUUGGUUCUGGGAACAUUAUGACCCGGAAGGAUAUUCCAUUUGGCGUGUGGACUAUAAAUAUAAUGACGAAUUGACAAAAGUCUACAUGAGCAGUAACCUUAUUGGUGGCUUUUUCAAUCGUUUAGAUCGAGCACGCAAAUAUGCAUUUGGAAAUUUGCUGGUGUUGGGUGAAGAUAAUAAAAACGAAAUUGCCGGAUAUUUUGUCAUCCGUGGACAAGAAAUACCUGAAGAAGACGCUGCAGAUUUCGAAAGCUAUGAAUUCAAAAAGGUAGACCAUACAGAUCCUCAAAUUCGUUCUAGCUUUGAAGAUUAUUUGGUAAGCGUUUAUUGUUUAAGUUACUUUUUACAUUUAUAUAAUAUGUAG